GGCGCCCUGCUCAUUGGCCAGAUGAUCUCUACCUUUCUCUAUGGCAUCAGCACGCUGCAGACGUAUGUGUACCUGAUGAGGUUCCCGCGAGAUGGGCCCGAACUCAAAAUAUGGUGGGCGUCUGAUGGCACCACCCAGGGCUCUGGACACCGCCAACGUCAUUUUAGGUGCGGAAGUGUACGCUUCCUGGUCGUCGCCGCCGUCGUUCAAUGCUUCUUCAUUCAAAGGAUACAUCGUUGUAAGCCACCUACUCACCGAUGUAUUCACCCGUUCACGCGAAAACAUACCGCGCAGGCCAUCCUUGUCAUCGCACACAUCGCUCUCGGAGCUGAGGCGACCGCUAAGAUCAUUUCAACGUUCCAAAGUUUCCGCCUCACAUCUCUAGCAUCUUUGGCGUUCUCUGUAACCAUGCCCUACACUCUUGUCGCCAUGCUAUCGGAUGGGUUUCUGGCCUGUACUCUCACCAUCUUGUCGAGAGGAAGGACGCCGGACAGAGAUGGCGGGGUGAUUUAUUCAGCAACUCACCAGGUUAUUACGUUGCUCAUCAAUCGUUGCACGCUGCUUAUGUGCGCGGCGAUUGUAAGGUUCAUAAUUUUCAUGUUCCUCCCCUGGACGGCAUGGUUUAUUGCGGACGAGUUCAUCAUGGGCAAACUGUAUGCCAACUCCUUCAUGGCAUGCCUCAAUGCACGGUCCUUGGUCGUCGAGGCGCAAUGCACUUACGGGAACGACGCAGUAUUUUCGACGGUUCCCGACAUCUCCAUCGUCUCGACCGGUUCCUUUGUAAUACCAACAUCAUUUACACCCAUACCUUCCAGCGCUGUCGCCAGACAGCUUUCGAGAACAACCAGCCUUCCCGAGAUCGCGUUCUGCAGGAACAAAGGAAGAUGCUUGAUACCCACUGUGACGAGCCCACCGUUUGGGGCUCGAAAGAUAUGCCCGUGUAUGUUAGCGACACGACCUUGA